CUAUGGUAGCCGGCCCGGAAGCGGAAGUGGGCGGCGGUAACCUGGUAACCGUGCGCGGCAGCCCGAGAGCGGGGAGCGGCCCCGGCCCGGCCCAUGAGCGCGCCGCGCCCGGCCCGCCGGAAGCUGGUGCUGCACCUGGACCUGAACAACACGCUGGCGGCGCUGGACUCGGCCACGGGGCAGGGCCCGGGCGCGGCGCUGAACGGCUUCCUGUGCGGCGCGGCCUGGGGCGCGCCGGGCCCCGCGGGUGAGUGGCAGUGGCUGAGCGACUCCCCCUCUUUGCUGCCUCCAUGCCCUGGUGCUGUAAAUUUCUAUUCUCAGUAUGGCCGCGAUGCUACGUUCACGGACACGGAGGUGGGGCGGCCUUUCAGAAGUCUGCACACACACCACUUGCAGCUCCUUGAGUGGCAGGGCCAGCCGCACGAAGUGUUCUCUGUCCAAGGCGAGCAUGCCAAGCACUACCACUUGAUGCUGCCCUCCUUCUUCCACCUCCUGGAGACUCUGCACCGGGAGAGGAGGCACUUUGCUGUUGUCUUCAGGACCUUUGGCACAGACCUCCCCCGCAUUCUCCAUGCAGUGCACUGUGCCUUGGAGGGGCAGCACCCCCAGUUCCCUGCCCUGCGAGACCUCACGCUACCAGUGGAGCUGACUGCAGGCCGGAUACGCUGCAGUCAGCGCGAGGUGGUGCUGAGCCGGGGGCUGGAGCGCGUUUCCACCAGGGACGAUGGGAGGAAGCUGUACAGCUAUUUCAGCUCCCUUCAAGGCUUGGGCGGCUUCCAAGACCACUUUGAUUGGUGGGCCAGAAAUCAGUUCUCCUCCCAGGGUGGGAAGCCCCUUUGGAUUGACCCGCACGACUCUACUGUGCACCACAUCUUCAUCGAUGACAACAUUCGACUGAACGAUUCGGACACCAUCAUUUGUCCCCAGGUGUUUUCAGAGAGAGGAGGCAGUGACGCCAGGCCAGCUCCCACCUCGGAGCUGUACGAUGUCUGCCUGGUGCAGACCAAUCUCCUGGAAGCCAUUGCUGAUGAGAGCUAUUUCCUCCACUGCGUGAGAAGGUGUGAGGAGAACUAUGAGCACUACCUGGCCAGUGCUGAGAGCCAGCUGUGUGACGCAGAGUAGAGUCACUCUGGACCCAGCAGCUGGAGGGGGGACUGGGUUGCUCCCAGUUUGCAGCUGUCUGCAGUUUGAUUCCUAGGCUGGGCCCUGGGACCUGUUGCACCCACAUCCCAGUGGAACCAAUGCACUUGCUUUUAGCUGUCCUCCCCUUCUUCCGGACAGGUGUGUGCUUCUGAGCUGGAGGUGGGACGCUCCAGACACCCUUCCGAAAUGCAAGUGUCUGCCUGCUGUCCUGCAGGAGGAAGCUGCUUUCAGCCACGCCCAGGCUCAGCAGCACUUUCUCCAGUCUGGAUGGGGUUUGGGGUUUUGGAUCUUGCCUCUCGAGAUGCCUGGCUGGGCAGUGCUCCUGUGGGUGAUCGGUGUCGUCUCCACCUUGGCUCAGAGACGGUCCCUUCCGCACAGUUAUGUUUGCGCUCUAGCUGUGCUGCAGUACAAAGAGUUGUCGUCA